AUGCCCGUCAUUUCACGCCUCGCGUCUAUCAUCCUCCGCGUUGCGGAAAUUGCCUUUGCGGCUGUCGUCGCAGGUGUUAUCGGACACUACCUUGCUGAGGUUAACCACAGCAGCGCAGAUGUUGACUGGUGGCCCCAGUCGCGAUGGAUCUAUACUGAAGUAAUCGCCGGCUUAUCGAUAUUGCUGGGCCUGAUAUGGCUAAUCCCGUUCUCGUCGGGAUUCUUCUCCUGGCCUUUGGACAUCCUUAUUUCGUUUGCUUGGUUCGCUGCCUUCGGUGUUCUCGUCGACACCAUCCGCCACUUGCCCUGCGGCAGCAUCUGGUCCUGGCACUUUAGAGGAGACCAGACGUGUGGCCGGUGGAAGGCAGCUGAGGCCUUCAGCUUCCUUUCUGCUAUUGUCUGGCUUGUUUCCGCUAUCGUGGGGAUCUGGUUCACCUUCCGCGUUCGCCAAAGCCCCCCCGACGGAGUUCGCCGCCGCCGCUGGGGUCGCUCCGCUGUCUAG